GCGCCCGGAGCCGAGGAGGCGGCGGCGGGACGGCGCACGCCUCAGGAGUCUGCAGCUGAGCUGGGAGCGGGUUCCCCACCCCCUACCUGGGGGACGCGGCAGGUGCAGUGGCCAUGGCUACAGCAGGACCCCCCUGGACAUGGAUGGUCUGUGCCCUGAUAGCCCUGAUUCUGAGGGUCACAGAGCCUGUUCUUGCAAAUGAUGUUGCUUCCUGCGACAAACCCUCUGCCCCGGGCCCUGCUGGGAACACCGGGGGCUUUGGACCCGGGGCCGGGGAGGGCACCCGGGCGGACGACGGCAGGGGCCCCCGCAUCAUGAAUGGGACCAGCUGCAGGAAGAACAGCCAGCCGUGGCAGGGUGCACUCUUGAGGCACACCAACCAGCUCUACUGUGGGGCCGUGCUGGUGAAUCCGCAGUGGCUGCUCACGGCUGCCCACUGUCGGAAGCAACUUUUCAGAAUCCGUCUUGGCCACCAUUACCUGGAUCCCAUCUACGAAUCCGGGCAGCAGAUGUUCCAGGGGAUCAAAUCCAUCCCCCACCCGGGUUACUCCCACCCCAGCCACUCCAAUGACCUCAUGCUCAUCAAACUGAACAGAAGAAUCCGCGAGACUCCGAGUGUCAAGCCCAUCAACAUCUCCUCCCACUGUCCGACUGCUGGGACCAGCUGCUUGGUAUCUGGAUGGGGAACGACCAGCAGCCCCCAGGUUCACUACCCCAAGGUCCUUCAGUGUUUGGACAUCACUGUGCUAAGUGACGAAAGGUGCAGGAAGGCUUACCCGGGACAGAUAGACAAGACUAUGUUCUGUGCUGGUGACGAGGUGGGCAAAGACUCCUGCCAGGGUGAUUCCGGGGGCCCCGUGGUCUGCAACGGCUACCUACAGGGCCUCGUGUCCUGGGGAGACUUGCCUUGUGGCAAGCCCAACAGGCCCGGCGUCUACACCAACCUCUGCCGGUUCACCAAGUGGAUCCAGGACACCAUCCGCUCCAACUCUUGAGUCAUCCCAAGACCUGCCAUUCUGGCGCCCCAGGUCCUUUGCAAGUCCCCACCCUUGCAGGGACCCUGACCCUCCUUCCAGACCCCCAUUCCUUCGUGAGGUUGUCGAGAUGGUUGAUCUCUCCAGCUCCCUGAGCCUCCUGGAGUCAGAGUCCCAUUUCCCCAACCAUGACUGACCCUGUCUCUCUAGUCAGACCCUGGAGACAGCCCCCAGAAUGAUCACCUUCCUUCCUUCCUCACUGCUUCCUUCCUCAGUCCCAGAGUCCAUCCCUUCUCUGCAACUGUGACCCAAAUUUGGUCCCAGAAAUAAAGCAUCUG